GAAAGCAUGAGUAAUAACAUGUAUGCAUUUAACAACAAUAAGUCAAUUUAGCAUAACUAAUAUCUAAUAACUCAUUACAUUCAAGAUUAAGAGCUGAAAGUCCUUGUACUUAUUUGUAUUACUUACUGUUCCACUAUGAAGAAUCCUCAUUUAUGCUGCUAUUUAAACUAAAUAAUCUAAUAAGUCGUUCAUGAAUAGCUAAAUUGAUUGAAUUCGGG